AAGGCAUUCAUUCAUCCCAGCUCUCAUAUAGUCCAAGUGGAGCAGGAGGUCCUUCCCCCCCUGCCACACCCUCUAUUUGGGCAAGUCUGUGCGUCACUGUCAGGAAAAUGGCUCCCUUCGCAAAAGCGACAAUGCCCCUCCAUCUAACCAUCAGCAAACGCGCUGUAUUCCAUCUGUAAAUGCCACGUGCCUGUGCGGUCUUCAGCGCGAGGACUUCAGAAUCCGCUGCGAGAUGCCCUUUCUCCGUUUCCUUACAUCUCUUACGUAGUUCGGGAAUUUCGAGGAGAAAACAACCACAUCCAAUUAGGGGCAGAAAUGGCAAUAACGCGCUACCAGCUCCAAGAUCACCGAGAGAGAGCCUGAAAGGUGUCUCCAGCCCCAGUAGCAACGCCAGCGGGCGCACCAGCCCGGCACACCCCGCCCGCGGCCGCGCACCCUCGGUCGCCACGCUCAGCUUGGCCGGGGGCAGAUUGACCAUGUUUCCCAGUCCUUCUUACGCAACGACUUUGCAGCCGUCAUCUUCGUCCUAAUUGUGCAGGGGCGGUGUUUGUGCGUCGCGCUUUCUCUCCCCCGGGAGAGGCGUCGGGACUUCGUAAUCGCUGCCUACGCAGCCCCGUGGAGCUCCGACUCGCCGCCCGGCCCCCUCCCCACGCCUGCCGGCCGUGAGGGUUGGCAGCUCGCCAGCGGCCCUCCCCCGUGCCUCCCCUCUUGCCCACCUCAAGGAGGAGGGGGACUCCUGCGGGUGUGAGGGGAGAGGGGCAGGCGGAGGUCCCUGCCACACCCGAGUCGCCGCAGCCCGCGGCCUGGUACCGGGUCCGCAACAGGUUACUUAGAAGACCCCUACUCCAUUCAGUAAGAGGAGCUGGAGAGAUUUAUCCUGGACAGUAGAACAAAAGGAAGAAUAUUGAUGGAUUUCAAACCACAGUUUUUAAAGCAUUUGAGAAUCCUGGGAAAAUAAUUUGUUCUCCUAUACCUCAUAGAUAGGUUGUUUCUGAUGCAGCUGAGAAAAAUGCAGACCAUCAAGAAGGAGCAGGCAUCUCUUGAUCCUGGUAGCAGUGUGGACAAGAUGAUGGUACUUAAUUCUGCUUUAACUGAAGUCUCUGAAGACUUGACAACAGGAGAAGAGCUUCUUCUAAGUGAAGGAAGUGUGGGGAAAAACAAAUCUUCAGCAUGCCGGAGGAAACGGGAAUUCAUUCCUGAUGAAAAGAAAGAUGCCAUGUAUUGGGAAAAAAGGCGGAAAAAUAAUGAAGCUGCCAAGAGAUCACGGGAGAAGCGUCGACUGAAUGACCUGGUUUUAGAGAACAAGCUAAUUGCACUGGGAGAAGAAAACGCCACUCUAAAAGCUGAACUGCUUUCCCUGAAAUUAAAGUUUGGUUUAAUUAGCUCUACAGCGUAUGCCCAAGAGAUCCAGAAACUCAGUAAUUCUACAGCUGUGUACUUUCAAGACUACCAGACUUCCAAAUCCAGCGUGAGCUCCUUUGUGGACGAGCACGAGCCCACAGUGGUGGCAAGCAGCUGCAUUUCUGUCAUUAAGCACUCUCCGCAGAGCUCUCUGUCUGACGUUUCAGAAGUGUCCUCACUAGAUCAUUCGCAGGAAGGCCCUGCACAGAGUGGCUGCAGAAGUCCUGAUAGCAAGUUCCAAGUCAUCAAGCAGGAGCCAGUGGAACUAGAGAACUAUGCAAGAGAGCCAAGAGAUGACCGAGGCGCCUACCGAGCGUCCAUGUAUCAGAACUACGUGGGGAAUUCUUUUCCUGGCUACUCACACUCCCCUCCUCUACUGCAGGUCAACCGGUCCUCCAGUAACUCCCCGAGAACAUCAGAAACCGACGAUGGUACAGUAGGAAAGUCAUCUGAUGGGGAAGAUGAGCAGCAGGUUCCCAAGGGCCCAAUCCACUCUCCCGUUGAACUUCAGCGUGUACAUGCCACAGUGGUUAAAGUUCCAGAAGUGAAUUCCUCUGCUUUGCCACACAAGCUCCGGAUUAAAGCCAAAGCCAUGCAAAUAAAAGUAGAGGCAUUCGAUAAUGAAUUUGAUGCCACACAAAAACUUUCCUCUCCUGUUGACAUGACAUCUAAGAGACAUUUCGAACUUGAGAAGCAUAGUGCCCCAAAUAUGGUACAUUCUUCUCUCACUCCUUUUUCGGUGCAAGUGACUAAUAUCCAAGAUUGGUCUCUCAGAUCGGAACACUGGCAUCAAAAAGAACUUAAUGGCAAAACUCAGAAUAGUUUCAAAAAUGGAGUUACUGAAAUGAAAGACAAUGGCUAUAAAGUAUCUGACCCAGAGAAUUUGUUUUUGAAGCAGGGGAUAGCAAACUUAUCUGCAGAGGUGGUCUCACUUAAGAGACUUAUAGCCACACACCAAAUCUCUGCUUCAGACUCUGGGUAAAUUACUACUGAACAAGCUCUGGGCAUCUAGAGAUGUCAUUUGCAAUAGAUGAGGAAGUUUUGUAUUAAGUUGAAUUUUCACUGGACCCGUGAUGUCAUUUCACUGUAAUGUUCACAUGUCUGUUGGGUGUCUUUUUGUGCACAAAUUAUUAUGAAGAUUAGAUUGUGUUAUCACUCUGCCUUGUGUAUAGUCAAAUAGUCCAUGCGAAGGCUGUAUAUAUUGAACAUUAUUUUUGUUGUUCUAUUAUAAAGUGUGUAAGUUACCAGUUUCAAUAAAGGAUUGGUGACACACAGAA